AUGCAGACCUUCCUAAAAGGCCGGAGAGUCGGCUACUGGCUCAGCGAAAAGAAGAUGAAGAAGCUGAAUUUUCAAGCUUUUGCGGAUUUGUGCAGGAAAAGAGGGAUAGAGGUUAUUCAGUUGGACCUGAACCAACCCCUGGAAGAGCAGGGUCCUCUGGACGUCAUCAUCCACAAACUGACGGACCUGAUCCUGGAGGCUGACCAAAAUGAUUCUCAGGCCGUGGUGCUGGUGCAAAGAGUGCAGGACUACAUCGACGCUCACCCCGAGACCAUUGUUCUCGACCCGCUGCCGGCUAUCAGGACUCUCUUGGACCGCUGCAAGUCUUACCAGCUAAUCCACAGGAUAGAAAGCUGUAUGCAAGACGAGAGGAUUCGCUCUCCUCCGUUCAUGGUCCUCAACAGCGAGUGCAGCCCGGAUGUGCUUGAGGUGAUCAGGAAGCAUGGACUCACAUUUCCCUUCAUUUGCAAAACUCGAGUGGCUCAUGGAACCAACUCCCACGAGAUGGCCAUUAUUUUCAGCGAGGAGGACCUGAAGGACGUGAAGCCCCCCUGUGUCAUCCAGAGCUUCAUCAACCACAACGCGGUGCUCUACAAGGUGUUUGUGGUGGGGGACUCCUACACGGUAGUGGAGAGACCCUCUCUCAAGAAUUUCCCAGCCGGGCCUGCGGACAGGAAAGCCAUUUUCUUCAACAGCCACAACGUUUCCAAACCCGAGUCGUCCUCGGAUUUGACCUCGAGAGACAACGUGGAAGGCAUGUCUCCGCCACCGAGCGACGACGUCAUCCGAGAACUCUCCAGGUCUUUGCGGCAGGCGCUGGGCGUGUCCUUAUUCGGCAUCGACGUCAUCAUCAAUAACCAAACCGGUCAGCACGCCGUCAUCGACAUCAACGCCUUUCCAGGUUACGAGGGCGUCCCGGAGUUCUUCGACGACCUGCUCGACCACAUCGGCGCCGUGCUCCAGAGCCGCGCCGAGCCGCCCCCCGCGGCGGGCGACGCGGGACUGAAGGGUGGGCGUCAUCAGCGCCUGGGCUGCAGCUCGCCCAAUUUUCAGCAGCACUGCGUGUCCGCCAUUGCCACCAAGGCCUCCUCGCAGUGA